UGAGGGAGAUGGAUGGAAUGUUUGCGACAAAUGAGAGCCGAUUAAGUUUAAAACGAGCGUUCGAGGGGAGAGUAUGGCAGACUGCGGAGAGUUUCCAAAAUUAUAUGCAUGAGAAAAUUAUUCUCGCAAAUAAACUAGAUCUGGACGAAGAGGAAGUGUUGGAGAAUCUAAUCGAAGGAAUACCUGAUCCUGGAUUGAAGACUCAAGCACGCAUCCAGUGUUUCACGACGAAGCAACAGUUGGCUGACGCAUUCAGGCAAAUCGAAUUGCCCAAGGCUAAGGUGCUAUCGUCAAGGAUGUCCGCUCCAGCGAACGCGGGUCCUUCUACAUCCAGACAAGUGGCAGUUCCAGGAAAGGUAGACAUCAAGACGAUCCGAUGUUACAAUUGUAACUCACUUGGGCAUUACGCUUAUGAGUGCCGAAAGGAAAGGAGACAAUACGGAGCAUGUCAUGUUUGCUCCCAGUUUGGACAUCGAGCAGCCGAGUGCCCCGGUAGGAAGGCCGUAGUACUACAUGCCAUCAACAAAGAUGAAGAGGACGAAUAUGAACAUUAUUAGACACUGGCAGCCCUAUUUCAAUAAUAAAAAGGCAACAUGUGCCCUCAUAUUUUUUAAUUAAAGAUAACGAAUGUAGAAUAGUUUAUGGUAUCAAUAAAAGUCAAUUAAAAAUACUCGGUUUUGUCAAUGUUUGUAUUUAUUUUGAUUUCGAGGAGAUUGAAUUAAAACUGUAUGUCGUAGAAGAUGAUACUUUGAAGCAUUCAGUAUUACUUGGUAGAGAUUUUUUAAAAUUGGCAGGAUUAAAAUUAAAAAAAGAGAAAAAAAUGAGAGAAGAUAAAUUAGAAAAAAAUGAUAUUAUAAAUGAGAGUAUACUAGAAAAAGAAAAUAAUGAAAGCGAUUAUGAAGUUACAGAUGAAGAUGCAUUUAAAUCUAUGAAUGUAACAAAUGAAAAAAAAAACAAUACUGUUGAAGAAUAUUUUAAAUUAAUGAACAUAAAUAUUGAUGAAUUAAACGAAGUAGAAUUUAACGAAAAAUGUAAACAACCACUAAAAAUAAAGAAAGCAUUUAAAGAAAUGUACCGGGAUUUCAUGAACCGCAGGCGUCCCGAGUGUCCCGAAACCGAUC